AUGGAUUAUAAUGCUUUAGCUACCCAAUUCACUGGUUUCUAUUAUAAUCAAUUCGAUUCAGACAGAUCGUUAUUAGGUAAUCUCUAUAGGGAAAACUCGAUGUUGACUUUCGAGACUUCUCAAAAUCAAGGUGUUGCCUCAAUUAUCGAAAAAUUAACUUCAUUGCCUUUUACCAAAGUUAUUCACAAAGUUAGUACUUUAGAUGCUCAACCCUCUGGAGAAAAUGGUACUAUUUUGAUCAUGGUCACUGGUUCAUUGUUGUUGGACGAAGAACAAAAUCCUCAAAACUAUUCUCAAGUCUUUCACUUGGUUCCUGAGGGCGGAAGCUAUUACGUUUUAAACGACAUUUUUAGACUUGUUUACGGUUGCUAA